AUGGCUCUAAUCCCACGCAUCCCAUCCGCCUUCGCGCCCUACCGCUCUGAGAUGGCUCCUUUCUUCAACCUCUUCAAUGACACCUUCUCCGAACUACAGAAGCUAUCCGACACUGCAUCCCGCACCUUUGCCCCUAAAUUCGACGUCAAGGAAGGCAAGGACAACUACAUCCUGGAAGGCGAGCUACCCGGUAUUGACCAGAAGGAUGUUGUCGUCGAAUUCGCGGAUGAGCAAACUCUUACCAUCAAGGGUAGGACUGAACGCAUCCGAGAAGAAGGCGAGAAACCCGCCGCCACCGAAGUUCAAGACGACAGCACGACAGCUGAAGAUUCCUCUAAAAAGGAAAUGACAACUGCUGACCCGAAGGAAGUCGCCAAAGCCGACCCACAGCACUAUUACUGGGUCUCAGAGCGUAGCGUUGGGGAAUUCGCCCGGAGCUUCAACUUCCCCAACCCUAUCGACCAUGAAAACGUCAAAGCUAGCAUGAAGAACGGCAUCUUGACGGUAGUAGUCCCCAAGACCGAGAAGGCUAAGUCUCAGAAGCGGAUCCAGAUCACGUCCGACUGA